GCGCGCAGGCGCAGGCAGGAGCGGAGCGCGGGCGGGCGAAUCUUGUCGCUGCGGGGCUGCCGUCCGCGCCGCGGCGGCCGCGGGUCCGCCGGCGAUGGCGGAGUACUCGUGCGUGAAGCCCACCAAGCUCGUCCUCAAGGGAGCCAAGGAGAGAAGCAAAAAGAAGCACAAAGAGAAGAAAAAAAGGAAAAGGGAAGAGGAUGCGGCAGAGGAGCUUGAUAUUGUUGGAAACUGGUGGGCUGUCAGUAAUUUUGGUGAAAUUACAGGAACUAUAGCUAUAGAAAUGGAUAAAGGAGCUUACAUCCAAGCCCUCGACAAUGGCUUGUUUACGCUUGGAGCACCACAUAAAGAUGAUGAAGGCCCUAGUCCUCCUGAACAGUUUACAGCAGUAAAGUUGUCUGAUACAAGGAUUGCUCUGAAGUCAGGUUAUGGCAAAUACCUUGGUAUAAAUUCAGAUGGACUUGUUGUUGGACGUUCGGAUGCAAUUGGAUCAAGAGAGCAAUGGGAACCUGUCUUCCAAGAUAAGAAAAUGGCAUUACUAGCAGCAAAUAGCCGUUUUAUUAGAUGUAAUGAAGAGGGAGACAUAGAAGCCAAAAGCAAAACUGCAGGGGAAGAAGAAAUGAUUAAGAUUCGUACUUGUGCUGAAAGAGAAGCUAAGACGAAAGAUGAUGUUCCACAAGAAGACAAAGGAAAUGUUAAACAGUGUGAAAUUAAUUAUGUAAAGAAAUUUCAAAGUUUUCAAGACAAAAAGCUUAAAAUAAGCAAGGAAGACACAAAAGCCCUCAGAAAAGCCAGGAAAGAAGGCACUUUUCAUGAAAUGCUUCUGGACAGGAGAGCAAAAGUGAAAGCAGAUAGAUACUGCAAGUGACAACCAGCUGGUCAAUUUUCUUCUGCAUCUUUCAUGACAAGGGCAGGAAUAACAGAAUCAUAGAAUGUCAUGGUGGAAGGGACCUCAAGGAUCAUCUGGUCCAACCUUUGAAUGACUGAAAGUUACCUUUAUUUCCUGUUGCUUUCUGUUAAGUACACAUUAUUUCAAAGCAAGAAAUUCCUGAGGAUGUCAACACAUUUGAAGUGAGACUGUGUUAAAACAUUUUCAUAAAAAACCCUGUAUCACAACUGAUUUUUUUUAUUUUAGUUUUGUAACAAACUCGAGAAUUACAUUAAAAAUUCCUCACACAUCAAUAACCCAGUUAUAAAAUCUUACUGUUAUCACGUGAGUAUUUGGCUUGGAUUAAGGAAUUGGCUCCAAGAAAAAGUUUACGAAGUACCAAUACCAAUGGUAGGCUAUUUACCAUAUAGCUUGAACCUUGAGAGACUGACUGUAUAAUGAAAUAGACCAGAGAGAAAGUUAUUUAGUGGGCUUGAGAGAGAAUAGUUGGCUUUUCCAGGGAAUUCUGUAUAUGAUCUGAUUGUUCUCAAAUAAAAAUAGAUGCUCCCUUAGUCAAAGCCACAAAGGUAAUAGUGUGUGGCUGGCUUUUUACCAACAGCAAAAGUGGUCAAGCAGAUGAAACUAAAUGUGUACAUAGCUUGCAGGCUUUUGAAUUGUUAUGUAUGUCCAUCUGCUCUGGGACUCAAUUUCUGUAAAAAAGAGGGCUAUGCUGCCUUUUUCACAGUGAGUAAAAGCUGUAUUUUUGAGUUCCUGUAUUGUUGCAAAAGAUGCAUUGUGCAUGCCAGGAGGUCUGACAGAAGUGAGUGCUAAAUUUGCAGGGAGAAGGCCAAAAGCUAGAAAUAAAUAAAAUUAUUGUUGGCAAAUGCUACUGGCCAGACUGAGGAAUUCUUGGAUGAAAAUGCCAUCACAGAAAAAAAUGCAAUUUGUUUUGCCCCAGAGCUCCUUAGUUUGGUCUAGGACCGGAGAUGAGGAGUCAUUGAGAAGUUCUGGUUGUAGGUACCAUGCUACAUGUCCCUCCCUAGAAAUGUAAGUCACCUGAUACACAACCAUUGCAACAUCAUGAACCUGGAAGUGGCCUACUGCCAACUACUCUGAAAAACACUGGGGAAAAAGGAAGCGCCAGAGGAGCAGGCUGUGGGCCACAGUAAUUAUUUAUUGGGCAGUGCAUUGUGGAUGUCAUUGACCCACGAUCCACUGUCAAUCUUAAAUGCAUCUGAAGUGAAUGCUGAUAGUUGAAGCAGGCUGAUGUUACAGCAUCUGUUUUUCCUUUCAAGAAUAUAUUAGCCAUCAGAAUCCUAUCUGGUAGAACUUAGAAAAUUACUCAAACACAAAUGCAGCUGGAAGCAGAAAUCUGCUAUUCUAGUGGAAAGGCUGCUGGAAGGGGUACUCGGAAGAAGGGCCUGAGAGUUACCCAGGGAAAGGAGUUUUUCAGUUUGUAUUUAUCAAUGUAAAUGUGAGAAUAUAAGGUAUAGGCACUGCAAGUAGUCAUAAGUGAUCGUAAAGGAAACUGAGAGGCAUGACUGUUACAGAGCUAGGAGGAAGUGAAGCAAAAAGAAAUAUCAGAGCAAAUGAAAUGAGACUGUCCCAAGUAGAAGAGGAAGUACUGGAUUUAGCAAGGGACUGGCAGAGGAAUUCCUCAUUCCUUCUGGGGAAUAAGGAUAUUGUGGUAGCAACGAGAUUGUUCUCAGUGGUUGGCAACCAGCUGUGUUGGACUAAUGAUACACUAGGGUCUUACUGAAAAAUGUGUCCUGAGAUAACACAGAAGCAGAAGUUUGGGGAAUUCACUGGAAUGUUAGUCUCAGGAAAAGGAAAUCAAAGGUAUGACUAAAUGGUGAAGAUCACUAUGUGUCUUAAAUUGUUGUAAGGACUAGACUAUUGUCCUGCUGGAAGCAUUCACAGAUUCCUCCUAGUUAUGCUGUGUCCUGGCAGUAGUCUAAGCCAAAGACAAAGAGCUCUUAAUCUAACUGAACCAGAAAGAAAAAGGAAAGUAAUUUGUGCAGCCUCUACUUCUGGAGGAAAAAACAGAUCUGAGAAGUGUUAGUACAGUGCUGGAUAGAUGAGUAUGAGAAAGCAGAAGGGUGGACAUGAAGUACUAGUAUUAGCGACACCAGCUAUCAGGGAGGACAGUUAAUGAAUAAACUUCACAUUUUAACAGCUUUUUUCUUCAGACAUAACAUAAAUUGAUCUUACAGCAGAAACCUAGACAACAAAAUGGGCAACCUAAAGUACCAGUGCGGACCCUGUAGGAAAGAUUUUCUAAUAGGAGCACAUCAGAACAGUCAUAGUCAGAGAAACAGGUACUGGAGGAUGUUCACUAUUUUUCAAUGUAGUAUUUUACUGGUGAAAAAGCUAAACCAGAAGUACAACUUGUUGCUACCAUACAUACUCACUGUAUGUUUCCUCACACUGAAAGUAUACAUUCUUAUUGUAAGUUAUUCAGAGUAUGCACCUUAUGCUGGCUUGUACUUAUUACAACAAAUACCUCAGCUAUGUAUUGUAGUGAAUAAAUAGUAGGCAACGUGGUUGGA